AUGUCGGAUCUAAUCGCAGCACCGUUCAGCUUUGGCCUUCCAUAUGCCUCAAUCUUCGCAGUCCCCAAGAAGGAUACCUUUAAGCGACCCGCAUCCGACUAUUACUGGCAGAAAGCCACGGCUUCUCCUAACUCCAACUCUGACGCUCACCUCUCUGUGGCAUCAGACCAAAGCUGGCUCGAAAAUCCGGACGCGUCUGACUGGAUUGAUAUCGAGAACGAUGACGCGUCACAAGCACCACCAUCUGGUCUUACGCCCCAAAAGCCAAAGAGAUCUGCCUUUCGUCACAUAUCCUUCCUGGGAUUCGUGAACAAGCCAGGAAGUACUAAGUCCAAUAUUGUGACCUCAACUGAGGGCGCCUCACAUCAUGCGCUAUCAAAAAAGCAUUCUCUCGCCAAGAAGUACCGCAGUUCAGAAUUCACAGUGUAUAGAGGCUGGCGUAUCAGGUCCAUAGGACGAAAUGCUAAAGUCAAAAAACUUGUAGCAGUCGUUCGUCGUCGAAUAAGUAGCAAGAGUCCCGAAGAACAAAAGCCAAAGACAUGGGAAGAGUACACUGAUCUCUAUUCUUCGGAGCAAAUCGAUGUGAACGAUCCGCCUCUUCCUCCACUUGAACCAAACCCUGAUCAUCCAACGCCGUAUGAAGAGAAGAAAUACGAUCCAGGCUUGGCGGUGGAUGAAGAGGCUCGACAGUUGAUCAUCAGAAGAUUGGCCGUUUGUGGCAAGGGCGGAUACGAUACCUCAGAAGAAGCAGUUGCGCGAGCUCGCGAAAGGACCAAAUUGGCCGAACAGCUUGAAGGAGAAGGGAGGGAGCCGAAGAGCUUAUCUGAGGCUUGGUCUGACACCUCUACCAUGAUGACGUCUGCUUCAAACACCACCAAGGCAUCCUACGUUCCAGAAACACUUGAACAACAUCCUAUCUUCCGCAAGAUUGUAAAACAAUGUCGUGAAAUGUUUGGAACAGCUCACUCCCUGAUCAGCAUCAUGCAAGAAGAAACUCAAAUCUUCUUGGCUAUAUCUGGGGGUGCCGACGGACGUGAAGCUCCAAGAGAUUUCAGCAUGUGCACUCACACUGUCUUGAGUGGUCGGAAAGGUUUUGUGAUUCUUGAUGCGCAAAAAGAUUGGCGCUUUGCACUUGGGCCCCUUUGUCAAUAUUGGGGCACGCGCUUCUAUGCUGGCGUACCUCUCCUCUCACCAAGGCUUGGAUCUGAAGAAAACGCUUCCUACCCUAUUGGCACUCUGUGCAUCAUAGACACUAAACCUUGGGAUUCGUUUGGGGUUGAACAACGCAAAAAACUUGUCUAUAUGGCAGAAUAUGCACGCCAGGAGAUUGAAUUAUGGUUUAUGAAUAAGAUAUCUCAGAAAGUAGAGAUCUUAGAAAAAUCUCGAAAAGACUGGAGUCUUGAGGCUGAGCAAAUGGGUAGUGUUGAAGAGGUUUCGACAAACAUACCAAUCCAGGUAACCACUCCACUUUCACCAGUCGAAGAACAAACUGAAUCCAUUCCAGCUCCGCCGACUUCAUCAACCAUAUUUGAUCGACCAGAAUCUGCUAUAAAACCUAAUUUGAAGAGGAUUUUAGAUUUGGCGACGCAGGCCGUGGGCGUCACACUUGAUCUUUCUUUAGUUUAUGUGCUUGCGGUCGAGGCCCAUCCUCAUUCGUUAGAUAGUGGACGAACCUUUGUCGUGUCUUCAUAUAACUUGCCUUCGCCAAUGCCUGAUUUCGAUUCUGCCUUACAUUUGCGUGCUCUUCGAGCACCUGAAGGUGGGCUACUCUAUCAAAAUCAAGCUUUCGCCGAAACUGAAACCACUGAGGUCGAACCGAAGCCCAAGACUGGCUUAGCGAAUUUUGCAUCAGCCUUGCUUGUUCCUGUCGGAGCUGAGAAGAAUGUCAGUUGGAGAGGCUUUGUUCUUGCUGGGUUCACUGAUGAUGUCAAUCGGGUAUUUGGAGGUGAAGAUGAGGCUUAUAUGAAACAGUUUGCCGCCGACUUAUCUCGCUUUACCAGUCGAUUGCAAUUGUGA